AUGAACCCCGUCACGCCUGCGCGCCCGAUUCCCGGCGCAUUUAUCAACACACCAGCGCAAGGCCCGAACACGGUGCGACGACGACUCAAUUUCAACGAACCUUCAACCGCGGGCACAAAUGGGGCGUCGGGGUCCGCUCCAGUAUCUAUUACGAGUACCAUGGCAGCAGGGCAGCAGGAUAUUGCUACUGGCAUGCUUCCACCGCCACAGUUGCGCGAUGACCUUCCUCCCGUCGUCAAGGCUGCGCAGGUCGUCAACCAGACCCUGCUUCAAGAUGAGAGCUAUCCAGAUCUUGAUUCCUACUGCAGGCCCGGCGCAUCAUCGGACUACUCGAUCCAACACCCGGAUUCCGCAUGGGCUCCGUUUCUGAAGACCUCGACGUAUCCCAUUCCGGACAAGGUUUUCACGUAUCUCAACGAAAGCGCGGUUUCCACCAAGAUUGGCCUGUUCCCGAGCAUCAACUACGCCUGGGCCGCGAUCGACGACUCCCUCUUCCUUUGGGAUUACACCCACCCCAACCCCGAGCUCAUUGGUUAUGAGGAAGCCACCCACACUAUUACCGCCGUCGCCCUUGUUCCACCCAAAAAAGGGGUGUUCGUGGACACGAUUACGCAUAUCCUUGUAGUCGCGACAUCCACCGAAAUCACCUUGCUUGGUGUCUCCGCGGCCCCCACUCCUUCGGGGUCCAGGUCAGUGGCAUUGUACCAAACUAAGAUGUCGGUCCACCGUGGGAGCAGCGAUGUGAGCCACAUUGUCGGCACCGCGUCAGGCCGAAUCUUCCUUGGCGGCGACACCGACACCGACAUACACGAGUUGUUUUAUCAACAAGAAGAAAGAUGGUUCUCCAGCAGGUGUGGCAAGAUCAACCACACACAUCAGGGGUGGUCCUCCGUUGUACCAGGUUUACCUCUUGCGGGUCUUCCCUUUGGCCAGAGGCAACAAGAAGGGCUCGUUACCCUCGCUGUGGACGAUACUCGGAACCUCCUCUACUCCCUGUCUAAUCGCUCAACGAUCCGCACGUACCACAUAGAAAGCCCGGAGAAACUCACGAGAGUCAUCGAGAAGGACAAGACCAGUUGUCUACGUGACUUUGCACACAUGGCAGACAGUUCGCCUCUGUUCACAGACCGGACUAGCAUUGUUUCUCUCAGCCCUAUCCCGGCAACAGAAGCGUCCAAACUCCAUCUGAUGGCACUCACAGAUACCGGAUGUCGACUGUUCCUCAGCGCCACGAGCUCCGCAUCGUAUACGAUUGGUGGCUCGACCAGCCUUGCCCCACAGAGCAUGCAACUCCAGUUCAUCAAAUUCCCUCCCCCCGAGCCGGAUGCUCGCCGUGGAGUUGUGGCGGGGACAACGCCCGACGGAGCGCUAGACAAGACUUCUCGAGCUCUCGAGGCUAGUGCCCUCGGUAACCGCUUUGCGCCUGGCUACUUCUUCGACGUCGUCCGAAAAUAUCCCACCUCAGAUAUCCUUUUUGUGUCCGCCCCCGAUACAGCCAAGAUCAAGGCUUUUUCGCCUGCCUCGGCACUUAAGUAUUUCGAGCAGGGAACUUGGAUCGAGUUGAUAGAGGGUAGCCGGGUCCUUGAAGUUGGUAUGACGACCGCUCCUUUCUCCGCCUCGAAGCAGCCCCUAGGAUUCGGCAAUGAACUUGCGGUGCAGUUCGACGACGCUCCAGGCGAGUUCGCCGUGCUUACCAACACGGGUGUGCAUAUCGUCCGUCGGAGGAGGCUCGUCGAUAUUUUCGCCAACGCUAUUAGGACUAGCUCUGGGGAAGAAGGGCUCGAGUUAGAGAUGCGCGCGUUUCUCAAGCAGUAUGGCCGUGUUGAGACGAUCUCGACUGCCCUGGCCGUUGCGUGUGGGCAGGGGGGCGACGCACGUAGCGGGGUUGGGCGGGUGGCAGACCCGAAGAUCGAAAACCUUGCCCGCCUAGCUUUCGUUGAUUACGGUGGUCAGCCGAGACUGACGGAGUCCGACGGGAAACAGCUUCUUUCCGACUCUGUGAGGUUGUCCUCCCGCCACGACGCCCUGGCGCUUUACCUUACCCGGCUCGUCCGCACGGUCUGGAAGUCUAAGGUCGUCGCUACAAAGGUUGAGGCGAAGGGUUCCCUGGCCGUCUCUUCGACUGUUCCCGCGUCAAAACUUGUCAUCAUCCAAGAGACCAUCGAACGCCUGCGGAACUUUUUGGAGGCGAACAAGAGCACGAUCCAGGGCCUUUCGGGACCGUCCGACCGCACUUUCGACCGGAAAGAAGAGAUUGCCAACCAAAAGGAACACCAAGCCUUGCACGGCUUGCGGAAGCUAAUGGAGAGCGUUUCCGAGGGCAUCUCGUUCGUCCUGAUGCUGUUUGAUGAGCGUGUUUCGGACAUUUACGCGCGCCUUGACGCAACGUCGCAGCAACACCUCCGCAACCUAACAUACGAGCAGCUCUUCUCUCAAACCCCCGGCAAGGAGCUUGCCAAAGUUCUAGUCAAAGCUAUUGUUAACCGCAAUAUCGCCAGCGGCGCGAACGUCGAGACCGUUGCUGAUGCCCUGAGGCGUCGGUGCGGCAGCUUUUGCUCGCCCGACGAUGUCGUCACGUUCAAGGCCCAAGAGCAGUUGCAGCGCGCCAGCGAGCAGGUCCAGAGUCCCAACGCCCUACGCACUCUCCUUGCCGAGAGCUUGCGACUCUUUCAAGAAGUCGCGGGUACGCUCACCCCCGCUAACCUCGGGAGCGCCGUCGAGCAAUACCUGCAGCUCAACUACUACGCCGGCGCCAUUCAGUUGUGUUUGACGGUCGCCCAAGAAAAGGAUCGCGGUAACACAGCCUUGACUUGGGUUAAUGACGGCAAGCCGCCCAAUGACACACGCAAGAAGGCAUUUGACGAACGCAAGAUUUGCUACACCCUAAUCCAUGACGUGCUCGACCGGCUCGAGGUUGCGUUUGCGGGUGAACCCGAGAUCAUCGAUGGGCGGCUCACUCUUGCCGCUACGAAACGUGCCGAGGCUUACAAUGUCGUCAAUGAUUCGAGCGACGAGGUCUUCCACUUCGACCUCUACGAGUGGUACAUCCAAAAGAACUGGACUGACCGGCUCUUGUCUAUCGAUUCGCCACACGUCAUCACCUACCUACAGCGGCUGGCGGAGACAGACUAUCAACACGCCGAGCUGCUCUGCCGCUUUUACACUCACCGGAACAGAUUCUUUGAAGCCGCCCAGGUCCAGGCCACACUCGCCAAGUCGGACCUCAACAUUGGGAUCAAGGACCGCAUCACACUCCUCAGCCGCGCCAAGGCAAACGCCAGUGUUAACACCAUCGGCGUGUCCCGGCAACAACAGCAGCUCCUCAACCACGAGGUGACGGAGCUCCUCGAAAUUGCGCAUAUCCAGGAUGAUUUGCUCGAGCGUCUCAGGGCCGAUUCACGGAUUGCUCGGGAGAAACUUCCCGACAUUGAAGAGAGGUUGGACGGGCCGCUGAAGGGUGUCACAGAGCUCUACAACGAGUACGCCGACCAAGCGGCCUACUUUGACAUUUGUCUGCUCAUUUACCAUGCAGCCGACUACCAUAACCCCCGUGUCAUCAUGGACACCUGGCUGCGCCUGAUCGAGCAGACCUCCUUCCAAAACGAAGAGCGCCAGGAACACUGGAAGCUCAUCCAAGCCGGUCGCCCCCUUCCCGAGGGCGCACAACCCCUCACAGGCGAGCCCGGUCUACCCUACGAAGCUGUGUCACAACAGAUCCAAAUCAUCGCCCACCGCACAUCGCUCGACAGUCUAGUAUUCCCCGUGGACGCGCUGCUCCCCGAAGUGUGCAAGUACGCCAUCAACAACGGCCAGGACGCGUCCAUCGGCGCUAACCCAUGCUGGCCGGUACAUGUGUUCCUCAACCUGGGCGUUCCGCAUGCUCUCGUCGCGCAGGUGCUCGAGGACGUGCUAGAUGCGCAGGAGUCGCCCUUCACCGGUCGCCGCCGCAAGGCUGUCGUGCAGUGGAUCGCCGCGACGGUCGAGGCGUGGGCUCGGGAGGUGGAGCGCCGUGCUGCAGGCGCGGUACCGGCCGGUGGACUGGGUGUCGCGAACGGCGGUGGCAAUGGGGAUGGGGUCAUGGGUGCAUGGGUGAGCGAGCUUCUUGCGCGCGCGGAUGAGUGCCUUGCGCAGCUUGCGCCGGCACCGGUUAGUGCUAGGGCUGCCAACGCGAUGUCGGCGGAGGCGGAGGAACUGUUGGAGCUGAGGCGGUUGGUCAAAGGGUUGAAGAGAAACGUAGAUGCGAUUGUGAAUAGGGAUGCGGAUGGGUUUUUGGGUGGGAGUUUGUUGCGGUAA